CCUGUCAAAUUUGCAACAAAGACACAAACCAUUUUCUUAAAUCUUCUUUCUUCUGUCUCUUAAAACCGCCAGGAAAACUCUUCCCGUGUCUGCUCUCUAAUGGAUCUUCUCUUGAAAUCUGUUGCCACUGCAGGCCAACAGAAACCAGCUACCAGUAAUGGCAAAAGCAUGUUAACAGCUUCCAAUGAAAACCUUGCCAAUAAGCCUGCAACUGCUGCAGCUGACCAGAAGCUGAUGGAGAGUGACAGGAAGAUUGUAUCCCCUCCGAGGGAUAUUCUCGGUUUGAUCAGGUCUAAUCCGAGUUCGAGCCAGAAACUUGUGAAGAGUACUGAUCAUAGGAGCAUGUUAACCAUGUCGGAUGACACGAUGAUGAUGAAGCAAAUUCAGGCAACUCAUACUCCGGAUGGCCGGGAAGUUGAAGUCCGUCCCCUUUUUGGGCUUGUUGAGGAUAUCCUUAAUCGGUCUACCCUUCCUAUUGAUGCUGUUCUUGCGGGUCCUCAGAAACACAUGGAGAACUUGGAGGAUAAGUCCGACCAAGCCAGCUUCAUUGAUAUGCUUGAGGCACUUUCUUUCACCAUUGACAGGAUUGCUUGUGAGAUAGCAUACAAGGCACUGAGUGGAUCAGAUGUUCAUGCAACAACAAUGUCAUUAUGUCAUCUCCUAUCAAACUAUCAAUGGGAUGCGAAACUAGUCCUGACUCUUGCAGCGUUUGCUCUUAACUACGGAGAAUUCUGGCUGCUUGCCCAGAUAUACUCAUCGAACCAGCUUGCAAAAUCAAUGGCAAUCCUGAAACAAGUGCCUAACAUUUUGGAGCAUUCGGCUGCAUUGAGAUCCAAGUUCAACGCACUUAACACUUUGAUCAAGGUCAUGAUGGAUGUAACCAGGUGUAUUGUCGAGUUCAGAGAAUUACCAGAUGCUUACAUUUCGGAAGAAGUCCCGGAAUUCUCCACUGCCAUGGCUCAUAUUCCAACUGCUGUCUACUGGACUAUAAGGAGUGCUGUGGCUUGUGCAGCUCAGAUCACAAUGAUCACCAGCAUGAGCCAUGAGCUAGCCUAUUCACCAACUGAAUCAUGGGAAUUAUCCACCUUAGCUCACAAGCUCAACACCAUACAUGAUCAUCUAAAUGAGAGAUUGAAGCUUUGCAAUCGAUUCAUUGAGGAGAAGAAGAAUCUCGAAGCCUUAAAGAUGCUUCAUGAUCUCUUUCGUAUGACCCAUAUCGAUAACAUGAGAGUCCUCAAGGCUAUAAUCUAUGCCAAGGAUGACGUACAGCCUCUUGUAGAUGGUGGAGCUAAUAUGAAAAGGGUUAACCUUGAAGUCUUGAGGAGGAAGAAUGUAUUGCUGCUUAUUUCAGGCCUAAACAUCUCCCAAGAUGAGCUUUCAAUUCUUGAACACAUUUAUACCGAAUCAAGACAGCACUUAACCAGGCCAGAGAGAGAUGGACUAUUUGAACUUGUCUGGAUUCCAAUUGUUGAUCCUGCAGUCGAAUGGAAUGAAAAGCAGUCAUUACAGAACAGAUUUGAAGCUCUGCAACAAACAAUGCCAUGGUACUCAGUUUAUCAUCCGAAGAUAAUUCAGAAGCCGGUAAUUGAUUUCGUCAAGGAGGAAUGGCACUUCAGGAACAAGGCAAUUCUUGUGGUGCUUGACCCACAAGGCAAAGUAGUUAGCCCUAAUGCAAUCCACAUGAUGUGGAUUUGGGGAAGUGCAGCCUUCCCUUUCACCAGCUUGAAAGAAGAAACUCUAUGGAGAGAAGAAACAUGGAGGCUUGACCUUCUUGUUAAUGGCAUUGAUCAAGUCAUCCUCAACUGGAUUCGAGAAGGCAGAUAUAUAUUUCUCUAUGGAGGAGAAGACAUAGAAUGGAUAAGAAAGUUCACCAGCGCAGCUCGAUUUGUGGCCAGAGACUCAAACAUUCCACUAGAGAUGGUCUAUGUAGGGAAGAGCAGCCAUAGAGAGCAAGUAAGAAAAGUAACGGCGACGAUCGCAGCAGAAAAAAUCAGCCAUUGCUGGCAAGAUCCUGCCAUGGUCUGGUUCUUCUGGACCCAGGCUACAAAGCAUGUUGUUCUCCAAGAUCCAGCUCGACAAAGCAGAUGAACACGACGCCGUCAUGCAAGGAAUCAAGAAGCUCCUCAGCUACGACAAAGUAGGCGGAUGGGCAGUCUUGGCCAAAGGGUCUGAGUUAAUAAUCGUCGGCCAUGGAAGCACAGCUCUGCCAACUCUGUUAGACUACGAGAAUUCAUGGAAGAAA